CCCUCCACAGGCCGUCGAGAUAAUCUUUGGCGUCAUGUCCGGGUUACCCUCUGAGCCUCAGCAAUCGCGCUAUCUCUGCCUGACCAUAUGCGGCUACCGCAAGCCAGGCAUGAACGAAGAAGAUUACCGUGACCACAUGAUCAAUGUCUCUGCUCCAUUAACCAAGGACUUGAUGGUGAAAUACGGCAUCAGACGGUGGACUCAGAUCCAUAACCAGAGCGCAACACGGGCGCUAAUGUCCCAGCUUUUCGACCCGCAGAUGGUACACCUUGCCGACUUCGACUGCUUUAGCCAGGUCGUCUUCAAGUCGGUUGACGACUAUGUGCGGAUGAAGCAGGACCCGUGGUACAAGGAACAUUUGGUGGGUGAUCACGAGAAGUUUGCUGAUACGAAGAAGAGCAUGAUGACUAUUGGCUGGAUCGAGGAGUUUAUCGAUGAUGGAAAGGUUGUAGAGGCGAACAAGGAGUUCUAGAUAAGGAGGCAAGACUAUGCUAGACUUGAUUCCUUGCGGAUGUGGAGAAACUAGUGUAGUGCUAUGUCGCCGUUUGCUUGAAAGCUAAUGUGAGACCGUCUGUCUCUAUUGAUACUAA